UGCCCUUCUAGGCCCUGCCUCAGCUGGGCAGGAAGAAGGAGACCCAGCUUGGCUGGGGGCAGUGGGCAGGGGGCCCCGGGGUAAGUCAGCCAGGCCUGGAUGCUGCCUCCAGGCUUUAUGUGGGACACCUGCCAGCCCACACCCCUCUCUUGGGCCAGUCACAGAACAAAUAGGGCAGAGGCCAAGAAAGAAAAGGAGGGGGCUUGGCAUAGCUGGACAGGGGUGCUGGGGGACACUGCCAGUCCAGGGCCCGGAAGCCAGACAGACAACAGCACCUCCACCCUGAGCUCAGGCAGCCCUGAUCCCUGAAGGGCGGAGUAGACUCAACAUUUAAAGAGAUGGAAACAUAAGCCCUGGGCACCACAGAAAGACGACAGAAACCAGGAAAGGCAGGAGAGGCUGGGAUACACCUAGGUCCAGCUUCAUCAAACCCAGUCCUGCCCAUGACAACAGAACAGCAUGGAAUAGACAAGAGCUGGACCAACUAGAGACACGAGGCAAGAGGAUCCACUGUGCUGCGAGGUCCCCCAUGGACUCUGCCAGGCUGCAGCCAGCCAGAAAGCAAUGAAGGACCACCAAGGAUGUCGGGCCGCUGCAAGGAUGAACAGAGUCUGAGAUUGCACGUAAAGAUCCUAGCACAGUCUCCAGUUCACCCCACAUUCUGCCACCUUGGAACCCACCCCAGCCAGACCAGGGCCUCCCACCGCCGCUUGCAGCUGUCCCGGUCCCCUGGAAGAGCACGGACCCCUGCCAAGGCCACAGGGAGUCCCCAGGAGCCCUGGUGGAGACCUCUGCAGGGGAGGAGGCCCAGGGCCAGGAGGGCCCCGCAGCCGCCCAGCUGGACGUGUUGCGCCUGCGCAGCUCUUCCAUGGAGAUCCGAGAGAAGGGCUCCGAGUUCCUGAAGGAGGAGCUGCACAGAGCGCAGAAGGAGCUGAAGCUAAAGGACGAGGAAUGUGAGCGGCUGUCCAAGGUGCGGGAGCAGCUAGAACAGGAGCUGGAAGAGCUGACGGCCAGCCUGUUCGAGGAAGCUCACAAGAUGGUUCGAGAAGCCAACAUGAAGCAGGCAGCAUCAGAAAAGCAGCUGAGGGAGGCUCGGGGCAAGAUCGACAUGCUGCAGGCAGAGGUGACAGCCUUGAAGACGCUGGUCAUCACGUCCACACCAGCCUCUCCCAACCGCGAGCUUCACCCCCAGCUGCUGAGCCCCACCAAGGCCGGGCCCCGAAAGGGCCACUCUCGCCACAAGAGCACCAGCAGCACCCUCUGCCCCGCCGUAUGUCCUGCUGCGGGACACACCCUCACCCCAGACAGGGAGGGCAAGGAGCCCGGGCUGGCCCCGCUGCUCUCCCUGCUCCUCUGCGUGGUCCCCAGCAAGGCAGUUCACCUCACCUACGAGCCGGCUUGGCCGCUCCCACCUGGGGAGCCCCCAGCCCCCGCCUCCACUCCCUCUCCCUCCUUUUCCCGGCAGGUGGACACAAUCCUGUUUGCAGAGUUCCAGGCCUGGAGGGAAUCCCCCACCCUGGACAAGACCUGCCCCUUCUUGGAAAGGGUGUACCGGGAGGAUGUGGGCCCCUGCCUAGACUUCACUAUGCAGGAGCUCUCGGCGCUGGUACGGGCCGCCGUGGAGGACAACACGCUCACCAUUGAGCCGGUGGCUUCGCAGACGCUGCCCGCAGUGAAGGUGGCCGAGGUUGACCGCAGCACCAACACAUGUGCCCUGAGCGGGCUGACCCGCACCUGCCGCCACCGAAUCCGGCUCGGGGACUCUAAAAGCCACUACUACAUCUCGCCAUCUUCCCGGGCCAGGAUCACCGCAGUGUGCAACUUCUUCACCUACAUCCGCUACAUCCAGCAAGGCCUGGUGCGGCAGGACGCAGAGCCCAUGUUCUGGGAGAUCAUGAGGCUGCGGAAGGAGAUGUCACUCGCCAAGCUCGGCUUCUUCCCUCAGGAGGCUUAGGGCGCAGCCCAGGCCUGAAGGGGAGCUCUGAGACAGAGCAAACACCCACCCCAGAACAAGCCGCCACACAGGGAGACGGGGGCCUGGAUCCAGCCCUGAGCCAGAGGCAGAAUGGAUGGACAGACAGGCCAUGGAGGCGGCACUGAGCCAGCACCACACGUCCAUCCUGGGACAGACAGAGGGACAGACGGGCCUGGACUUCACGGCAAGACCCCCCUCUCUUUCCCACUGGGUUCUGCCACCACCAGGAGGAUUUCAAGAAAGCAUCAAAGACCAGGGAGCUCGGAUCCAUACUCGGGGGCCCUCAGCCCUUGGGAAGGGACACCUGAGGCAGCCAGCGCCACCUCCCCAGUCCCCAGAACCGCCUGCAGGUGCCUUGUUGCCAGCAUGUCUUCAGAAAGGGACUGUUCCGGGUGGCUGGAUCUCCAGGGUACCCUCCACCCCAGCUGCCAAGCCCUGGGCCAGCGGCACCCCCUUGUGGCCAUCCCGUGCCUUGUUCCCGGUGGCCUCCCUAUUGGACUACUAGGAGGGGCUGGCAGGGCCUCCAUAGCACAGAGCUGCCCCAAAGCCUUGUUAAGAUGAGUCAAGGCCCCUCCCCCACUUCCUCCCUUCCUUUCCCCCUUCCUCCCUCCCCCUUCAUAAAGGCCUCCCUUGUCACCUUCCCUCCCACCCCAUCUCAGCCCUGUGCUCCUGGAGGCCCUGCUCCCAAAACCGCUGGAAGGACUGGGGCACUUUCUCCCACAGUAGAACACAGACAGGGUUUCAGAUCGCCCACGCCUGUUUUCAGCUGUGGGUGGCCAUGCAGAUGCGCCCUGGCAUGUGGGGCCUGGGUGGGCAGGCAGGACCUGGGCCCUCCCACCCAUCAGAGCCCACUCGGGACCAGGGUUUGGAGCUCCCACCUGGACACAUCCCUCACCACGUCCGGAUUUCCUUCUUUGGAUGGAAUGUAAUACGAUCUCUAUUUAAUAAAGGAAGGCUUUGUUGGUA